CAGCAGCGUUACUGUCUCAACAUCACAACCCCCUCUCCGUCACCAUCUUAGUCGAGCCGGUUUCAAAUCAGAAACAUGGCCGCUGCCGAAAUCACAGAUGCUGCGUCCGCAGCAAACGGCGCGCAAAAGCCCAAGACGGAAAAACUGCCCGUCACCGUCUCGAAGCCAUCUCCAUACACCUUCGACCUCGGCCACCUUCUCGCGCUGGACCCCAACCCUCUCGUCUUGCCCUCCUCCGAGUCUCUGAACGAUGCACUGAAAGCCACCGCCCGCGACGGCGCCCAGUCUCUCCUGAACCAACUCCUCACCACCUGCCAAAUCACCUCUUCUGCCCAGCACGGCGUCCUCCUCUCUCUUCCUCCUCGCUCCACCGUCCUCCCGCGUCACAAGCCUCUUCCCACCCCGAAGGCCCCGACGAAAUGGGAGCUGUUCGCCCGCAAGAAGGGCAUUGGAAAAUACAACACCAAGCCGGGCGCUGCUCUGGCAGACAAAGAGCGUAGAAAGAAGCUGGUCUACGACGAAGCCACUGGCGAAUGGGUGCCUCGAUGGGGGUACAAAGGCAAGAACAAGGCCGGUGAAGACGACUGGUUGGUGGAAGUGGACGAGAAGCAGUGGAAGAAAGAAGAGGGGUUGCUGGCCGAAGGUCGUUCGAUCCGAGGAGAGAGCCGGAGAGAAAGAGUCGAGCGGAUCAAGCGGAACGAGCGAAAGGAGCGUGCGAAUGCCCGUAAGCAACGAAAGGCUGGUGGUUAAGGGUAUUUCAUUGUUGAUUUUCUUCUAUAUUUGGGGGACCAGAGAAAAGUAUUUUUCGUUUUCUUCUUCCGGCUGUGGCUGUUGGGGCUUGGAAACCGGCACACAAGUUUUCAUCGAGAGGCGUUGUAUGUGGAGUCUUAUGGAUUCUUCUCUUCUGUUGUCAACGUACGGACGCUGUAUAGUCGGUCGUGGCCUUCUUAUCAUGACCAGUAUUUAUGAUCUGUCUGCCUGCCCAUACUGCAAGAGAGACCCUUUCUCUUUACUGGUUCUUUUCUUGUCUUAUUCUUAUCAAGAAAAUAAAAGCAUUUCCGUCACACU